AUGAUGAUGCCACGAUGUGGGGUGCCGGAUAUCAUUGAUGGCAAAACUAGAAUGCAUGCCGCCGGUAGCUACAAUAUCCAAUACGCAUACUUUGAUGGAGCGCCUAAGUGGCCAUAUACGAGGGGAUACCUUAACUGGGGACUUCAACCUGAUAUCAAGAUUGGUUUUGUCAAUAAGAGCUCUCAUCCAGGUUUUGCUGAUGGUGUACUCGGUCAUGCAUGUCCACCAACAGACGGGACCAUGUAUUUUAAUGCCGGACAAAACUGGUCACAAGAUGCAGUUCAAGGAAGCUAUGAUAUUGGGACGCUUGGAUUGCACGAGUUAGGUCAUUUUCUAGGGCUUAACAACCAUUCCUCAGUUGAAGACGCUAUCAUGUAG